UUAAUAUAAAGAUAAUUUUUCAACCAGAUAGGUGAUUUGCUUUGACAUUUUUAUCUACAACAGUUGUGCUAAUGCUGGCACAAAAUAAGUAAGUACAUAUACAUGGAAAAAGGCUAAUGUUGUAUAUUAUAGACACAACUUAAGAAGUUUUAAGACAGGCUUAUUGUCAAAGCAACAGCUGGUUAUCAUAAAAUGAUUACAAAACAGGUGAAAAAAUUAAACAUAAAUAUAUGAAAGGAAAGGAGAAUUUAAAAUUUCUUAAAAUAAAAACACUUGUUGAUAUUUUGUUUCAGGACAUACAGUCAAAUAUGCUUUAAAAUAAUAAAUACAUCAUAAAUAAAUGUCCUCUAUAUUUCAGAUUUUUCCAAAUACAAUGAUCGUCAUUUCUUCACACUAUAGGAAGUGACAUCACAAGUUGACAGCGUGGUUCAGGCACGCCUCCCUGGAAUAAGCAGAGGGGAGAGGGCAUGAGAUAAACCGUGGUAGAUUCAGAGGCAGACAGCGGAUUGGCAUGGCUGUGUGCAGCUCAGCACUUCGAUCUACAUGCGUGAGGCUCCUGCUUGGACAUUUGGAUUCUCUCUGCGCAGCAACACAGCCUUGAUACGGUGCUGGACAGCGCAACAUUGAGCUGUGCUGUGUUUUCACAGCAUGUUGCAGGGCAUUGAGGGUUAGAGAAGGAAUAAUAAGGGGGGACAACCUUACCACACUUGAGCGAUGCUCCGUGAGCUUCUCUCUCUCUCGUUUCACACCGGCAGGCUUUUCUACACAGAGACCUUGGACUAAUGGAGGAAUGCAAUGAUGUUACUCUCUGCUUGUCAUGCUUGAAUCACAGCUUCAUAUAUCCUUUUGUGUCAGAGACCUUAUUGUCUUUGUCUGUCACUGCCGCCAGAUCAACUGUGGGGUAGUGUGGCGGACAGAGCCCCCUCCUCCAUCCCCCUCUCCCUUGUCUAUGCCCCCGGCUUCUCAUCACUCCCAGCUCGCUCGUGUCUCUUUACCUCUCUUAAGCUACCCUCCCCUCUCUGUUAAGCUCCGUCUUUCUUGCUCUCCUGCUCCUUGCUGCUUACUAUCUCCCUUUCUUUGCUCCUUCAAAGCAGGCUGUCUGCAAUUCUAUGCAAGCAGCUUGCUACAUGAUCUACUGGAAAACAGUUUUUACCGCUGCUCUGUCACUUCACAGUUUCUGAGCCCUUGCAGAUUUUCAUCUCUACAAAGGCAGGAUGUUCUUUCACAAGGAUUGAUCUCCAUCCAACCCCUUUCACUUUCCCCUUUCCCUCCCUUGUCCUAAUCUCCUGCCCUUUGACCCUCACCCUCUUGUUCUCUACUCCCACCCACCCUCUCCUGUUUGCCCUCACCCUGAGCCUCUUUCCCCCAUAAUUCAUUUCACCCCCUUGACCAUGUUGCCAUGUGUUUCCUGGCUCCAACUUAUCCUCAUCUUGCUGUCCUCUGUCUUAUGGACCCUGGGGGAAAAUUGCCCAACGACCUGCCUGUGCCCAGAUCCUCACACUGUGGACUGUAGUGGCCGCGGGCUUACCCGUCUACCCGAUGAAAUCCCCCUGGAUGUACGCAGGCUUUUGCUGGCUGACAACUGGAUACCCCGCAUCCCCUCGGACUUCCUGGUUCUGUACAGUGACCUGGUCUACCUGGACCUCCGGAACAACUCUCUUUCCCACAUAGAACCGGGGACUCUCAGCACCACUUCCAGGCUGGUCUUCCUGGACCUGGGCAGCAACAACCUGACUGAAAUCCCUAAAGGAACAUUUGGGGAGUCCCGGAGCCUGAUCAAACUAAGGCUUGGCAACAACCCAUAUCUGAGCAUGGUCAAUGAGGAAGCUUUUCUGGGCCUCACCUCUCUGAGAGAAUUGGAACUGGAGCGUAAUGCACUGUCUACCCUAAAAGUGGGGGCACUGAGUCAGUUGCCCUCCCUGCGGGUAGUGAGGCUAGAGGGCAACCCCUGGGUAUGCAAUUGCAACUUUGCCAACCUGUUCACAUGGCUGAUGGAGAACAGUCACAAGCUUCCAAAUGGGGUGGAAGGCAUGGAGUGCUCCCUCCCCACGGACGGCAGACGUAUAUCCCUGACCCAGCUCUCAAAGGACAGCUUCCGUGAGUGCCAGGCCACCCUGACUCUAACAGACCUGCUCAUCAUCAUUUUCUCUGGCAUCUCAGUUUCUGUGGUGGCCAUCAUGACAAGCUUCUUCCUGGCUUCAACUGUUCAUUGCUUCCAGCGCUGGAGUAAAGGCACCAAGGGCGAUGAGGAGGAGAGUGAGGAGUGAGAGGGAUUUUCUUUCGACGAUCCACACAGUACUGGUACUUUAAACAACGAGAGGACACAGAAGACAAUGUGUGCUACAUGUGACAAGUUAUAUGCUGCGUCCUCCCUGGUGAAUAUCUGGGACUGUUUAAUGGUAGGAUCUUGCCCUGGUAUGGUUGCAGUUGUUUUCUUUGCGUAUGGACAUCUGAAAUGUGGUGAUGAAGGACAUUCUUUAGGAAUGAGCCAAAGUCUCAAUAAAAAUUUGUGAGUGUCCUGCUCAACUCACAAAAUGAUAUUAUCGAGAUCAUAUUUUAGCCUGUGAGAGCUUAUAGCCAUCUUUUAUGGCUACUGGAUCUUGGCUUUAUGCUAUUGGCCUGUACAAAUAAAGCGAGGUUAACCUUCAUAAUGAGAGAGAAAAGCAUUUUGAAACAGAAGUGUUGCUGCAGUGCUGGCACUUUAAUCCAAGACAGGCCAAUAACUUGCAACUCUGGUCUGAAAUCCGGAGAAAUGACGUUAAAGUUUUAGAUGAGUUUCAGUGCGACUUUACCUGUGUAGGGCAGAAUGCUUGAUCCCAUUAAAAUAAAAAGAUGUCAUACCGAUCAAUGACCUCAGUAUUUAACUGCCUACAACAUGAUAUGCUGGCAUAUCCUGCCAUUUACAUGUCUAUUUUGGACAGCCUCACUCACUUAGAUUCAAACGUGGUUCACAUGCACUGGAGAACGCAAAUAUUGUUCCUUCAGCAUGUAAAUUUAGACACUUGAACACAAAGGAUUUGGACAAUGGUGAGAUGUUGGUUAGCGGGUGUACUGCAGGCAGGAAGAGUUUCCAGUGGGUCUACACAUCUUUUCAGCAGUGUAUGCAUUAUAUAAUCACAAAUUUAUGUACAAAAGAAAACAAUGUACAGUCAAACGAGCAUAUAAAUCAAGAGGAUGUACUAUGUACCUUAGACUGAUAGACUGCAAACUGUGUAGAAAGAUAUAGAAAGAUACCUAAAACAACAGUAUAAUCUUAAAAAUUAUGACAAAUACGGUAUUAAAAUAGUGUCUAUGUAGAACAAUUGUGUCAAAUAAUGCACUUUAUAUGGGUAACCUAAUUUUGGCAAGCCCCCAGUGAUGCUAAGUAGACUGGCUUGUCUUCAUCUGCCAAAGAUUAGGUUUAGGUGAAGGAGAGAUUUGUUGUGGAUGAUGUGUUGCUUAGUGAGGUGAGGAUAGCUCCUUAACAGAAGUAUAGCCAAAUCACACCCUGUACACACAUGUUGUACUCAGUCGAACAGUUAUGGACUCCAAAGAUUAACAUUUUCUGUCUGUGAGUGAACCAGCUGUCUUACUUCACUUCACGCAUGGCAGUCUUUAACCUCUAUUUUACUUCAGAAUGAAUAAUUAUUCACUAAGGUGGCAGGCAAGAGGCUUGUCUGUUGAGGUGUAAAUAGAUGACUGUUCUGUUUAUGACAUCCAGAAUAGAUACAUAAUGAAUUCACUCAGCUUAUUCUCCUUUUACUAAACAUCUUCCAGUAUCUUGUCAGCUGCUGAUCUGAUCUCCUGGAAAAGUCUCAAAACUCUUACUUGUAUCAACAGCAUCUGCAUUCACAAGACUGACAGUGCAGUAGAAUCUAAAUUAAAUAAAGCAGCACCCUCAAUAUUAUCAGUUUCUGUUUCUUAUUUGUCUAUUUACUAUUAGGAUUUGGAAUGCUCAAAACUGGACUCUGCACUUUAUUUCCCCAACAUUAUGGUAUGUUGCAUUGCU